GCGCGCUCAGUCCGUCCAGUUGCCCCGACGGGGGGCUCGGCAGGGGCGGCGGCGGAGCGAUGCGCCCGGCGGGGGCGCUGCCCUGGGGGCUGCUGCUGGUGCUUUGGGGGGCCCUGCUGGGCCGGCAGGUGCGGGGCCUCCGCCACAGCGUCUACUGGAACGCCAGCAACCACAGGUAACGCCGCCGCACCGAAAGUAUUUGAAAAAGAAAAAAGAAAGAUGGGGAGGGAGGGAUCCAGUGGAUCUGGGUCGAGGAUCCCCGUUUAGGCCUCACCUGCGCCCCGAUCCCUCCCAGAAACGCACCCGCCUGCCCCACCUCCCGGCCCCUGCGACCCUCGGGGGCCAUUGCCGCCGUGCGCCCCCUCCUCCCACAAAUCUUCAAGUUUUCUGGAUCUUCGCUUGCGGUUUGUUGGACGGGACUCUUUUUUCUGUUGUUCGACUGGAGAGAGAGGGGCAGAUUCCCCACUUGGUUCCUUCUUGCCUCUUACACCCCCUCCCCAAAAUAAAUGGGGUUCAGGUCCUGCGAGGCUUCGCCGGCCCUUCUUAAACUCGUUCUCCCCCGGGCAGGAUUUGGUUAAAGAGGCCGGUGGGGUGGGACGUGGGGGGGGGGGGAGAGAGAGGGGUGAGGGGCUUGCCUCUCCUCCCCCACCUCCCCUUUCCGAGCUGGCUUCGUGUUGCGCGCUCAGCAUCUCUUUGUCUGGCGGCCUCCCAGGUGCCGCCCCCCUUUCCCCCAUCUCCCUCCAUGAAAAAUUCGCCUCUGCCCCCCUUCUUCUCUUCCCCGCCCCCCCCCAAGCUGGCCGUUGGAGGGGGUGUUGCUCAUCCAGUUAAUGCGGGGAGGAAGGGGGUGUCUCCCCUUUGAACUACCUGGCAGGAGAGUCUUGCCAGGCUAUUAAAAAAGCACAUUUUCUUAGGUUGGCGUGGCAUUGGUGGCAGAGUUUGGCUGGGCUGGCGGAACCUCUUUAGGCCUGGCUGCUGCCUUGGCCUCUGUUUUCUCUCUCUCCCCAGAGAGUCUUGCCCGGUCUUGUGCCCUACAGGUGCCCGGAGGCUUGGGUGCCUGUCCUUGCUUGUUGGGCCUCUCUUGUGGGUGAUGUUUGCCCUUGCUCCUGCCGACAGUUGCUUGGGGGGAGAGCUUCCUGGGGUCCCAGUGGCAAAAGUGACCCCUAACAGCCAUUCGCUAUCUGGGGGGCUCUGCCAUGCUAUAGGUUCAUUCCGCCUCUUUUCCCCAGCCUAGAGUAGUUUAAGGCUCUUAGCUAAGUCAGGAGAGCGUGAGACUCAUAGGGUUGUGUGGGUUCAGGCCCCACGUUGGGCAAAGGAUUCCUUCAUUGCAGAGGGUUGGACUAGAUGACCCUCGGGUCCCUUACAGCUCUACAGUUCUAUGAUUCUGCGAACACCCUCCCUGCUGCCUGAAACCAUAGAGAGCUGCUGCCAGUAUUGCCCAGAUGGAACAAGGGUCCGACUUGGAGUAAUGUUGCUUCCUAUGCUCCUCUGUAAAUCAGCACUUUAUUUGGAACAAUGAGGGCUGGAAUCUUGAUUUAUUUUUAGGGGACGGGCCAGAGCUCUGUCUUGGAGCCCGUGCUUUGCCUGCAAAGGUUCUCAGGUUCAAUCCUCAGCAUCUCCAGGUAGGGCUGGGAAAAGGACCCUUGCCCUAAACCCUGGUGAGCCUCUGCCAGUCAGUGCAGGCAAUACUGAGCUAAGUACAACAAUGGCCUGACUUCAUAGAAGGCCGUUUCCUAUGUUCUUGUAUAAAACCUUGAGGACUGGGAUCUUUAUUUUAUGGCAAGGGCUUGUAGGCCUGGAGUCUAGCGCAAAGCAUCUGGUUGGCAUUCAGAAGGUGCCAGAUUCAAUUCCCAGUAUCUUCAGGCUGGGAAUAUCCCUUGGCGGAAACCCUGGAAAGCCACUGCCAGCCAGUGUGGACAAUACUGACCUAGAUGGACCAACUUCUUACAAUCCCACGAAUGAGAAAGAAGAGCCAACUCUGGAUGUCUCUAAGGAAUGGUACCCAUGUCACAUUUUUCCUUGAGAAAGAGAGAAACAACAAAUUGAAAAAAACAAAUACAGUGGUACCUCGGGUUAAGUACUUAAUUCAUUCCGAAGGUCCGUUCUUAACCUGAAACUGUUCUUAACCUGAGAUACCACUUUAACUAAUGGGGCCUCCUGCUGCCGCCGCGCUGCCGGAGCAUGAUUUCUGUUCUCAUCCUGAAGCAAAAUUCUUAACCCGAGGUACUAUUUCUGGGUUAGGCUAGUCUGUAACCUGAAGCGUAUGUAACCUGAGGUACCACUGUAAAUAAAAACUGAGAUUGGAAAAGGCCUGCUCACUUUCAAAUACGGAUUUUCAGCGCAUUUGAGUUCCCUCUCCAGAGCAAUGCUAACUUUCUGGAAGGCCUCCCCUUUGCUUUUCUGCUGUGCACUCUGCACAUGCACAGGAGCCAUUUCUGCCCGCCUGCCAUUGAUCCCAGGGUUGAGCUUGGGCCUUGUGAAUGGGGCGCCUCAGCUCAGCACAAUUUUAAGCACUCUGUGUUGUGUGGCAGUGCCCCGGCCCUGGCACUAAUCUCCUUUUCUCUCUCUCUCUCCCUUUUACUGUUGUCAAGCUUAUCCUCCUUUUUCCUUCCUCGGUGGGGCCCACCCGGGGAGGCGGAGGGGGCGAGUCGGGGCGAGUCUGGCUGGUGGGGGGGACGGGACACGGAGAAGGAGGGUGGGAGCUCAGAGUUACACGGGAACAUUCCUGCUUGUUUUGUUUUCCCUGGCGUGGGAGAGUCAGGUUAGUUGGCGCUUGGGUCUCGGGCCUAGCCAGAGCGGCCUUGGGAGUGCCAUGGAGGGGGGAGCUGGCUGCCGGCCCGAUCAGAAUUAUAAAUCCCGCGGAAGGAUGGCAGGGUGAGAGGGAGCUCCGAACGCCGUUUGGGAGGCUGGGAAAGGCACACACACCCCCGGACCGUGCCAGUUUGUGCAAUCUCAAUCUGUACUUUUAUUCCUCCCCCCACCAUAUCACUCAUUUUCGCAAGAAUGGGGUCACAAUUCUAAGUGUUGGUGCUGACCUUUCAAGCCCUAAACGGCCUCGGUCCAGUAUAUCUGAAGGAGCGUCUCCACCCCCAUCGUUCUGCCCGGACACUGAGGUCCAGCUCCGAGGGCCUUCUGGCAAUUCCCUCACUGCAAGAAGCGAAACCACAGGGAACCAGGCAGAGGGCCUUCACAGUAGUGGCCCCCGCCCUGUGGAACGCCCUCCCACCAGAUGUCAAAGAGAACAACAACUACCAGACCUUUAGAAGACAUCUGAAGGCAGCCCUGUUUAGGGAAGCUUUUAAUGUUUGAUGUAUUACGGUAUUUUAAUAUUUUGUUGGAAGCCGCCCAGAGUGGCUGGGGAAGCCCAGCCAGAUGGGCGGGGUAUAAAUAAUAAAUUAUUAUUAUUAUUAUUAUCAUCAUCAUCAACCUAAGUCUGGCCUGUAUUACUAGAGUAUUACGAAUACCAGAAGGCUGCCCCGUCCCCUUUGCUGGAUCAGGCCGAAGGCCUUAUCUCAGCCAGCAUCCUGUUCCCACAUUGGCCAGCCAGAUGAGAAGACUGGAGGCAGCAUUCCUCCCUCCCUGGCACUUCUAAGGGGAGCCCUGCAGGAUCAGGCCCAUCCAGGCCCGCAUCCUGUCCUCCCAGUGGUCGUUCAGAGGCCCACAGGCAGGCUGUGAACCAGUGCUAGAAACUCGGGUUCGUACGCUAGACGCCACCUUCAACCCAGGUUGCGGUUGCCAUAACGGGACGUCUGUUUGCCCAGGGGGUUGGGCUAGAUGACCCGUGGGAUCCCUUCCAACGCUACGAUUCUGUGACCUCAACUACAUUGCUUGCCCUUGCGACGCUUCGCUGGUCCCAGUGUGCAAGGAGGAGAAAGGCAAAUGGGAAACGGAAUUAGCUAUAGACUAAGGCAGAGGCUUUUAAACUUGGUCGCCAGCUUGGCACCCAGAAAUCCUUGUCUGAAACCCUGGAAAACUGCCUCUGGCCAGUGUACACCAGGGUUUCCCAGACUUCAGUUUCCAGCUGUUUUUUCCAACUACAACUCCCAUCAUCCCCAGCUAUCAGGACCAGUGGUCAGGGAUGGUGGGAACUGUAGUCCAAAAAACCUAGCCAGAGACCCAAGUUUGGCAAAACCCUGGUGUAGACAGUACUGAACUGGGUGGACCUAAUGCUCUGACUCAGGAUGAGGCCACUUUCUAACCAGUCUUGACGUUUGAGCCUUUAACACCGAACCAUGAGGACUAGAAUCUUGAGUAAAUUUUAGAAGAAAUGAAGGCCCAAGCUUGAUCCCUGGCAUCUCCAGGUAGGGCUGCGAGAGAGAGCCGUGCCUGAACUGAUAGCUCAAGUCAGUAGAGCAUGGGUAGGCAACCUAAGGCCCGGGGGCCAGAUCCGGCCUUCUCAAUCCGGCCCACGGAUGGUCCGGGAAUCAGCGUGUUUUUACAUGAGUAGAAUGUGUGCUUUUAUUUCAAAUGCAUCUCUGGGUUAUUGGUGGGGCAUACGAAUUCGUUCAUUAUUAUUAUUUUUUGAAAAUAUAGUCCGGCCCCCCACAAGGUCUGAGGGACAGUGGACCGGCCCCCUGCUGAAAAAGUUUGCUGACCCCUGCAGUAGAGCGUGAGGCUCUAAAUCUCAUGGCCAUGGGUUCAAGCACCAUGUUGUGUCAGAGAUUCCUGCAUUGCUUGGGAACUGGACGACCCUUCUGGUCCCUUCUGAUUCUAUGAAAUCCUGCAGAGCUGCUGCCAGUCAGUGUAGACAGUAUGGAGCUAGUCAGUGUUCUGACUCUGUGUGGCAGCUUCCUAGCUGGUUCAGCAUCCUUGUUUCUGCAGUGAUGUCUCUGGGAAGCCCCUGGGGGGGCAAAAACGAACUUGAAUGGGGCAGAAAGCCUCCUUGCUUGUUGGAAGUGAGUAUUGAGAGGCACCCUGUCUCUGAUCCUGGGGAUGGUUCUCAGCCAUGCUGUCUCGUAGCCAUCGAUAUAGACUUCUCCUCCGAGGAUUUUGUCUAAUCCCCUUUUAAAGCCCUCUAAAUUGGUGGCUUUCACCACAUCUUGGGAUAGCUAAUGCCGUAGCUUAACUCUGAGCCACGCGAAGAAGCAGCAUUUCCUUUCGUCUGUCCAGAAUCUAUCUCUGCCCUCUCUCUCCCGCCCAGAUGUAGAUGUAUAUAUUAUCCACAGCUUGUAUUAAAACUAAAUUGUACUCUUUGAGAGUAGAGCCAUUGGAAACGACUGGACCUCAGUUAGGUCACCGUCCAUUUGAAGCCCUGUGGCGCCAGUCAUGGCUUCCUGCAAAGGAUUCUGGGAGCUGUAAUUUGUUCAGGGUGCUGAGAGGAGCUACAGUGGUACCUCAGGUUACAUAUGCUUCAGGUUACAGACUCCGCUAACCCAGAAAUAGUGCUUCGGGUUAAGAACUUUGCUUCAGGGUGAGAACAGAAAUUGUGCUUCAGCGGCGUGGCAGCAGUAGGAGGCCCCAUUAGCUAAAGUGGUGCUUCAGGUUAAGAACAGUUUCAGGUUAAAUACAGACCUCCGGAACGAAUUAAGUACUUAACCUGAGGUACCACUGUACUAUAUUUACCAUCUCAUCUCUCUGCGGUAGUUUAUCUUAAAGUUUUAAGUGUCUAUACGCUGAUCGCGUUUACAAAUUUUAAAUUUAUUGUUGUACAAUGUUUUGAUUGUUUGUUUUCCUUCUGGGGCUGUACCCCCAGGUGUGUUUUAUAAGCUGGUCUCUGACCGUAAUAAAUUAUCUAUCUAUCUACUAUAUUACCAGAGCUACAAUUCCCGGAGAGCUUUCGCCGUCAAGGAGCUCUGGGAGUAGUAGCUCAGGGAAACGAAUAGUGUUUCCUAAGAACUCUCAUAAUGAACCUUAACAAAAUACGGUACCCAUGAUUUUUAAAAAAAUUUAUUUUUCGCAGGUAGGAGAACCAUGACUUUUUUUUACAAAUGGUAUGGUAGCGCUUUAAGUGUGUGGAGUGAAUGUGGACUUAGGGAUGUGUAAUAUUUUAACCCCUUGCACUUAGAAAUGGAGUGUGUCAGGCAGAAAGUUCCAAUACUGCCCUUUCCCCUGAGAUGCUAGCUUUCUAAGGACUGUACCGGGAUAGUUUUGUACCUAAGAAUGUUGAAGCAGACGCACAUCCCACCUUCCCAGCCUGAAAUGGCGCUGCUCCUAUCCCAGACCAUCACCCACUUACCUGGAGAUAAGCCCCACCAAACUCUCUGAACUUCCUUCUGAGUAACUGUUCUAACAGGUACAGCUCGAAACUCUGGGAUGUAAAUUUGUAAUGUGCAGGUUUGAAGUUUGGGCGAAGCUAAUUUGACUGGCUUUUUGCCUCAGUGGAGCCGACUUGUUUUGGAGUAGGGCUGGCGCUGUGGGUUAAACCACAGAGCCUAGGACUUGCCGAUCAGAAGGUCGGCGGUUCGAAUCCCCGCGACGGGGUGAGCUCCCGUUGCUCAUUCCCUGCUCCUGCCAACCUAGCAGUUUGAAAGCACAAAGUGCAAGUAGAUAAAUAGGUACCGCUCCGGCGGGAAGGUAAACAGCGUUUCUGUGCGCUGCUCUGGUUCACCAGAAGCGGCUUAGCCAUGCUGGCCACAUGACCCUGAAGCUGUACGCCAGCUCCCUCGGCCAGUAAAGCGAGAUGAGCGCCACAACCCCAGAGUCGGCCACGACUGGACCUAAUGGUCAGGGGUCCCUUUACCUUUACUACCUCUAGAAGCUUUCUGAAAGCCUCUGGUUGGCUGCUUUUGGGAUUGAAAUUGCUGGCAUUGGAUGGAGUCUCCUUGUGUUUCUUUUGCAUUUGGAGUUUUGGAUGUUAACAUUUGCCUGCCUGCCUAAGAAAGCAGCGACUACAAUUUGCUGAUCCAUUGACAUUCCAGGAGAUUCCUUGCUUUGCUGAGAUUCUGUGCACGUUUCCUUGGGAACCCAUGCUUACUUGGGAGUAAGUCCUGUUGAAUUCAGUGGCACUUACUCCAGAAUUACUCCUUCAAACCAAGAAUUCUUGGGCUGCAACCCGCAACCUAUUCCAGUUUUAGACUCACUAUAUUCAUUUGGGUCCUAGGCAGAGGCUUUGAGAAUUCAUUGUUGGAGAUUGUGUGUGUGUGUUUAAAAAAACUAUUUCUUUAUUCUUAAGAAAGGAAUAUAAAUCUGCAAACUGUGGAUUGCCUCGAGAUUUAAUUAUCCAUUGGGACUAACUGAAGUUCUAUCGCAAGGGUAGCCAGAGUGGUGCCCUCCUGAUAUAGUCGGACUUCAACUCAUGUGGCAGUGAGUUCCACAGUUUAACUAUGUACCAUGUAAAAAAGUCGUUUCUUUUAUCUGUCCCAAAGCUUUGGAGGUCCAUGAGUUCUAGUGUUGGGAGAGAGGGAGAAAAGCUCUUCACUUUCCCUGUUCCGAACAUAAUUAUAGAAAUUAUCAAGUUGUGGUCCAGCAAAUAUCUGGAGGGCUCUAUGCACGCUACCUCUGGAUGGGCUUAUUCUAGGCUUGAAUUUGGUCGCAUCCAACCCAAUGAUCCCAGCUGAGGUGGUGUGGUUGGGCUGCAGUCCUGUUCACACUUACUUGGGAAUAAGACCCAUUAAACUCAGUGAGAUUUAGUUCUGAGCAGAGCUAAGAAGUGGAAGGGAUCAUCCAGAACAUUAUUGUAGAAAACUUGAACAUUUGGGGUUUUUUUGGGGUGUGUGUGAAAGUGCAAUAUUGAUAUAUAUACAUUUUUUAUAUUCUUUUUACGGGUGUAGGUUUCCUUUUUAAGCUUUGAAUGAAAAGGUAGGAGAGACAAUAUAUAAAUUUGUGGUGGUUUUUUGCAAGCAGAUUUGCACAGGGGGAAUUCCAAAAGAAAAUUCCCUCUGUUUCUCGUGCCUUUUUACUCCACUUCAGUCUCCAUUGCCCCUGUUGAUACAUCUUCAUCUUUCGAAACAGCCAGCUAUUUGCUUGUGAGGCUUUAAUGUUGAAGAACCCUUCGGUUGAGAUUGUGUUUGUGUGUGCUAAAAAUACAGCUCACUUCUGCAAGAGACAGUACAUGUUGCUGCCUUCAAGAAUGCCGCUCUGGCCAGCUAUGCCAAUGGUCUGGAGGACCAAAAGUAGUUGCGUUCUGGGUCUCUUCCGAAAAACUUAUCUGCCCUUUCUCACUGCCUCUCCCCCUGCCACAAAGAAAAUCCCUUUCAACUCUCACGUGCACCCUCUCUGAAACACAGCCUCAGACCCUGGUCCCCUCCAAACUACUACUACUAAAUUUUUAUUAUUUAUACCCGACCCAUCUGGCUGGGUUUUCCCAGCCGCUCUGGGCGGUUCCAACAAAAUAUUUAAAAUACAAUAAAGCAUCAAACAUUAAAAACUUCCCUAAACAGGGCUGCCUUCAGAUGUCUUCUAAAAGUCAGACAGUUGUUUAUUUCCUUGACAUCUGAUGGGUGGGCGUUCCACAGGGUGGGCGCCACUACCGAGAAGGCCCUACGCCUGGUUCCCUGUAACUUUGCUUCUCGCAGUGAGGGAACCACCAGAAGGCCCUCAGCGAUGGAUCUCAGUGUCUGGGCUGAACGAUGGGGGUGGAGACGCUCUUACAGGUAUACAGGACCGGGGCCGUUUAGGGCUUUCAAGGUCAGCACCAACACUUUGAAUUGUGCUCGGAAACGUACUGGGAGCCAAUGUAGGUCUCUCAGGACCAGUGUUAUGUGUUCUCGGCGGCCGCUCCCAGUCACCAGUCUAGCUGCCGCAUUCUGGAUUAGUUGUAGUUUCCGGGUCACCUUCAAAGGUAGCCCCACGUAAAGCGCAUUGCAGUAGUCCAAGCGGGAGAUAACCCGCACCAUUCUGGCAAGACAGUCCCCGGGCAGGUAGGGUCUCAGCCUGCGUACCCAGUGGAGCUGUUAGACAGCUGCCCUGGACACAGAAUUGACCUGCGCCUCCAUGGACAGCUGUGAGUCCAAAAUGACUCCCAGGCUGUGCACCUGAUCCUUCAGGGGCACAGUUACCCCGUUCUGGGCCAGGGAGUCCUCCACACCCGCCUGCCCCCUGGCCCCCCAAAACAGUACUUCUGUCUUAUCAGGAUUCAACCUCAAUAUGUUAGCCGCCAUCCAUCCUCCAGCCACCUCCGGACACUUCACCACCUUCACUGGUUUCGACUUGAAAGAGAGGUAGAGCUGGGUAUCAUCCGCAUACUGAUGAACACCAAGCCCAAACCCCCGAUUAUCUCUCCCAGCAGCUUCAUAUAGAUGUUAAAAAGCAUGGGGGAGAGGACGCAACCCUGAGGCACCCCACAAGUGAGAGCCCAGGGGUCUGAACACUCAUCCCCCAACACCACUUUCUGAACACGGCCCAGAAGGAAGGAGCAGAACCACUGUAUAACAGUGCCCCCAGCUCCCAACCCCUCUAGACUAGGGGUCAGCAAACUUUUUCAGCAGGGGGCCGGUCCCCUGUCCCUCAAACCUUGUGACUACAUUUUUUGGGGGAAAUGAACGAAUUCCUAUGGCCCACAAAUAGCCCAGAGAUGCAUUUUAAAGAAAAGCACACAUUCUACUCGUGUAAAAAAACCCAGGCAGGCCCCGCAAAUAACCCAGAGAUGCAUUUAAAAUAAAAGGGCACAUUCUACUCAUGUAAAAACAUGCUGAUUCCCGGACCGUCUGCAGGCGAUUGGCCGGAUCUGGCCCCUGGGCCCUAGUUUGCCUACCCAUGCUAGACGGUCCAAACAGCAAGGCCAAUGAUCAAGGGUGAUAGGGUUUGGAGUAGACAAACAAUGUCUGGCGGGCCCCAUGCCCACUUGCAUACAUGUGCAGACCCUGGUGCUUUGAAGAAUUCACAGCAGCCAUGCGCUUGUAUGCGCGCACCCAUGCUCUUUGAAGCAAACACGCACACUCUUACACACUUCUCUUCGUACGCACAAACAAACACACUUUCUCACCUACAUUCUUCUCUGUCCACCCACCAAUCAUGUACAUGUCUAUUUUUGGUGGUUUCUAUGGGGUGAGUGAAUGUGGCAACCCUCCCCUCCUUGUGUUCCCUCGCCCCACCAACAUCUAGGUUGAGGACUCUGGAUAAGAAACUAACAGCACGUCCUGUUUGGCAAACUCGGUUCUCACGUCUGUUUUAAAAGGGGCCUAUUAUUUGCCCGCUUCCGAACUUUGUACCCUCUCUUGCAAAACCCUCGCAGCCUUGGCUACGCUCUUAAUCUGGGCUUGGAGCGCUCUUCUGUUUAGUCAUUGUGAGGUGGCUGCUGUUGUUGUUUUACAAAGCUUCUCAUGCAGGUAAGACAACAACAACUCCAGAGGUGCCGUUAACCUGGCGAGGGCGAAGGCAUAACUCUGCCUCCCCCCCCCCCCCGAAACAAAAACCCUGGCUCUAAAACUGCAGAACUCUGGAAGAAAUACUAGACAAGGUUCUCUGGGAAGUGUGUUUCCUUGGCUCUUGAAACCAAGGCUGCCCCCAAGCCUCAGACGGCUGAGAUUUGGGGAAAAGUUUCCCGUAUCUGAGAAUUUGACACCUCGGCUGUCUUGCAUCUCUCCAAACAUUAGUAGCUGCGAAUCCUAGCCAGACUUUUUGGACUGCAGGGCAGUGAGGCAGGCUUUUUGCUGUCGAACUACAUUCCCUUGCGGGUUGUCUCUGUGGCGUGGUGGACCCGUGCCAGCAGCAGGCAGGCCUGAAGUCAGUGGGGGAGGCUCAGACCCCAAAUUGGGGUUCCCUUUCCCUCUGUUUCUGUUCCUCCUUUCUCUCUCUUUGCCUCGAUCCAGUUAAAGCACAUAGCUGCUCCCCAAAGAAUCCUGGGAAUGGUGGUUUUUAAAGGGUGCCAGGAACUGUAGCUCUGUUAGGGGGUAAACUACAGUUCCCAUGAUUCUUGGAUGGGGGAGGGUGUGACCACCUCCUCCCUCUCCUCCUCUUUGUCCGGCAGAGUUUGAAACCGACAGUUCUUAGGAAUAUACCGUAUUUUUCUCUCUAUAAGAUGCACGAGACCACAAGGCACACCUAGUUUUUGGAGGAGGAAAACAAGAAAAAAAAUAUUCUGAAUCUCAGAAGCCAGAACAGCAAGAGGGAUCGCGACGCAGUGAAAGCAGCAAUCCCUCUUGCUGUUCUGGCUUCUGGGAUAGCUGUGCAGCCUGCAUUCGCUCCAUAAGACGCACACACAUUUCCCUUUACUUUAGGAGGGAAAAAGUGAGUCUUAUAGAGCAAAAAAUACAGUAAAAAGAAGCUGCCUUCUACUGAAAGUCAAACCGCUGAUCUAUCUAGCUCUGUGCCAUCUACACUGACCGGCAGCAGCUGCCUUCCUGGGUUUCAAACAGGAGACUUUCCACUGGGGUUUAACACGGAGGAACUUUGGUGCAAAGCAAACCUAGAGAACUCGUUGCUUCCCAAAGGUCUUUUGGAAUUAGCUCCAGACCCACCGGUUGCCCAUCCAUGCUUUUUAGAUAGAACAUUUUACAUGUGGAUGGUUUUUGCAAUGCUAUCCUUGGCUUACAUGGGAGUAAGUCCCAUUGCAGUUAGUGGGACUUUCCUCCAAGUUAAAAUACACCGGCAGUCGUAGACCUGAGUUGCUUGGGAGUGAUAAGAAACCCUAAGAUAUCAGUGCAGUUUGAGAAGAGUCCUCCUGCCAUCUUGAUUCAAAAUGGUGCCCAACUGUAUCCAAACAUAGAAAACUUAGUUCUGGAUCUCAAAGACCACUGUGCAAAACUUGGUUCUGCUCUCGUAAGAGGUUUCCGAGUGUAAAGCAGACAGCCAACUUCCGAAACCACACCCUUGAUAGGAUCCACCCUGGAUAUUAGGAUCCUCCUGGGAUGUGGGGACAGUUGGGUGACUAAAUUUCCAAUAAUGGAAACAAGUAACACAGACCUAGCUUGUUUUGAAUGUCUGCGGGUGCUCUUGGCUAAUUGGUGAAAAUCAAGGUUGUGUAGACUUUAAAAAUAAAUAAAUCUGGUUAUAUAAAUAUUUGACUCUGUGUGAAGUUUGUCCUCUCCACACCCUGCUUACUUAGCAGUUCACGGUUGAGUCAAACGAGAUGCGGGCUGUUCCGUUGUGGGGUGUGUGUGUGUUUUUCUCUAAUGCUGCUACCAGAUCCAAAUUUAAUCAGAGUUGCGGUGAUAGGACGGAGUCCUUUUUGUUGAAGCUCCGCCAUCCCCCAGUUGCUUUUCCAUCUGUUGGGGAAAAGAUACUGAUGUCCUCUAUCUUUUCCCUAUAGUGGGAGAAAAGCAAAGGGGGUGAUUAUCCCCCCCCCUCCAAAAAAGCUGGGAAAUUGUCAACACCUCCUCCCACUGGGUCCAUUCCUCCAAUCAUAAGAAGGACCCGGUGGAUCAGGCCAAGAGCACAUCUAGGCCAGCAUCCUGUUGCACAGUGGAUCAGUGCAUUUGGCUGUUAACCAGAAGGUUGGUGGUUCGAGCCCACCCAGGGAUGGCUGUGAGCAGGAUUCCUGCAUUGUAGAGGGCUGGAUCCCUUCCAGGUCUACAGUUUUGUGAUUCUAAGCGGGACCCGGGCACAAGAGUCCUCUGAGCUCCUGUGCUUUCCAGCAACCGGUGUUCAGAAACAUACCUGCUUUGAUCCAUGGAGGCAGCAGAGAAUAGGCUGGUAGCCAUUGAUAGCUGUAUCUAGGGCUGCCUAAUACAGUGGAACCUCAGUUUCCGAAUGUAAUACGUUCCAGAACAUCGUUUGACUUCCGAAACAUUUGAAAACCGAAAACUGAAAGUGGAAGCCUCAAUUUAAAAGGGAAACUCAAAACGGAAGACGUUCGGGUUCUGAAAAACGUUUGAAAACUGGACCAUUUACUUCCCAGUUUUCAGCGUUCAGGAGCCGAAACGUUCGAAAACAGAGCCGUUCGAGAACCAAGGCUUGACUGUACCUGGUUUUCAACAUCACGAUAUAUCACCAGCUAAACAUUGUGCUGUGUCGAUAUAUCACAAUAAAGAUGGAGCUGGUUUUCAACUUUGUGAUAUAUCACCAUCUAAACGUUAUGAUAAACUGAUUUAUCACAAUGUCUGAUAUGAGAAUAGGGAAGUCUUUUAAUGUUUAAUUAUGAUUUUAUAGAUGUUGGAAGCCAACCAGAGUGGCUGGGGCAACCCAGUUAGAUGGGUGAGUUAUAAAUGAUUUAAAAACAUUUCUUUUCUUUAUAACUUUGAAACUACUAAUAAAUAUUAUUUUUUUUAAAAAAAUAAAUGAUUUAAAAACAACAAAUACAAUAAUAAUUAGCUAGCUCCACGGUUCUUCCCAUGUUGUGAUUUUUGCAUAGCACACACACAAGCAAACAUUGUGAUUCGCGAUAUAUUGCCAGGUGAAAAAUUAUGAAAGCAGUAUCAUUUUAUGGACUUCAAACCGGUUUGGCUAUUCAAGUUGUUGACCAUCAGUUUUAACUCUUUGCUGCGUUAAGAAUCCAGUUCAGAAACUUCAGCAAUAAAGCGAAAACAGAAGCUGCCAAGAGACAACCCGCGUGUUUUCCCGCAACUCGCCCACUCGAGCCCUUAAUUCCUCCAGGACAGCAAGCAAUAUCUAAUCUCAUCGAUCUUCACAACAGUAAAAUAGGUCAUUGGUGCUCCUAAUUAAUGAGCGGUGAUCCUUGCCUUUUCCAGGAUCUCCACCCUGGCCAUUUCCGAUCCGUCCGGUUUUUUGCGCAAUCGGUGCACAACGGCAGCAGCGCACUCCCCACGCAUCAAGGAGUCGUGGUUUUCUUGUGGGGAUUCCUCGUUCGCCACACGGCCAGCCUGCAAUAUUUUGGACGCAGGGGUGGGGUUAAAUGCCAUUCCAAGCCCAUUCAGAUGUCAUAUCCGCUGUCAGUAAUGAUUUGCUAUGUGCCCGGGCCUGUACUUAACAGUAGGGGAAAGUUGGAAGCUACAGUGGUACCUCGGGUUAAGUACUUAAUUCGUUCCGGAGGUCCAUUCUUAACCUGAAACUGUUCUUAACCCAAAGCACCACUUUAGCUAAUGGGGCCUCCUGCUGCUCCCGCGCCGCCAGAGCACGAUUUCUGUUCUCAUCCCGAAGCAAAGUUCUUAACCCAAGGUAAUAUUUCUGGGUUAGCGGAGUCUGUAACCUGAAGCGUAUGUAACCCGAGGUACCACUGUAUUCCUGAAUACUCAGACUCCACUUGUGUUUUUUGUUGUUGUUAAAGGUUGUGAAGAGUGACAUCUAUGGCGCAACCAUAUUUUGGAAUACUGUGUACUGUUCUGAUCACCUUACCUCAAAAAGGAUAAUCUUAGGGUUGCCAUACGUCUGGAAUUUCCCGGACAUUCCUGGAAUACUGUAGUCGGAAGGGUUGUCUGGGCAGAAAUCGUUCUUGCCGAUUUCUGUAAAAAAAUAUCUCAAAAAUGGCUAAAACAGUAGGCCUUGUGGAAAUCCACCCAAACUGAAUGGAGGAAGUUUCAGGACAGAAUCCUCUUCAUGAAGCGCAUGAACUAUGGAACUCACUCCCACAAGAGGCUGUGACGGCGACUGAUUUCGAUGGCUUUAAAAGGGGACUGGGCAAAAUUCACAGAGGAAAAUGCUAUCAAAGGCUAUUAGCCACGAUGUCUACGUUCUGUCUACGGCUGGGCGAUACCUGCUUUCCAACAUCACGAUGUAUCACCACGGCGAUAGAGCAUUGCAUCGUGGUGUUGAAAGGGAAGGAGCAUUUGUGAGGCACCGAGGUGCAACCGCUGCCGCCACCAGCUCCUGGCGCUGGGAGGAAGGCAAGGCCCACCUGCGAUUUACCGCCAGGUGAAGGCGCCAUUGUCCUGACCCUCAAACCGGUUCCGGACGAUGUACUGAUGAAUAAGGCCUGUCACGUUGAAGAGACAUGUCUUCUUCCUGUUUUUGUUUGUUUCAGGCGUUUGCAUAUUAGUUUCAGAUUAAUCUGUUUGGCUGUGCGGUGCUGUAAUAACGGGAGGCCUUUAUGUGGCAGGAUAUUAAAACGGGGAGUCAAACCUGAGGAAACGAAAUCAACUCCUGUCAAAAGCAUCCACCGCCCAAAGAAGCCCAAACUCAAAUGUAAUAAGAGCUUGACAAAACAGGUCAAUCCAAAUGAUAAAACUGGGAACGUUGUUGUUUAAUGUGUUUUUAAAAACGCCGUUUAUCUGUUUCAAAACAGGAGCAAAGUUUGCUACAGUCGCUGGCUUGCUGGAACUGUUGUUAGCCGCUCUGGGCCCGGCUUUGGCUGGCGAGGGCGGGAUAUAAAUACAUUAUUAUUAUUAUUAUUAUUAUUAUUAUUAUUAUUAUGAGGUGGUCUUUUGAGUGGCUGGACUACAGCUUCCAUGGGACCCAGCCACCAUGAUGGAAUAGCCCCAGGAGGUGAUAGGAGUUGUAGUCCAGCCCUGUCUCAAAAGACCACAGGACUUUGGUUAGGAUAUUCCAGGAAACCAGUGGCUCAGGACCUGGGGGUGAUGGGAGUUGUAGUCCAGCAACAUCUGGAGGGGCAUUGCAGGCAUGUGGUUUGAAACAGGGCGGGCGAGACGGCCUCCCGCCUGCCUGAGGAUUUAUUCUUUAUUUUAUCUUUUUUUUAUUUUAAUGAUAUUUAUUAAAGUUUCAAAAAAUACAAAAACAGAAAAUAAAAAUAGAAGAAAAUACAAAAUACAGAAAAAAGGAUAAAGUUUUUAAGAUAUAGCAAAAAAAAUAAAAAUAAAAGGAAACAUACAAAAUAAAAACAAUUAAAAACACAUCACUAGUUUUCCAUAACAUAUCCUCCUUUCACUUAUUUCCCCGGACCUCCUCGUACCUCCCUUUUUUGUAUUCCAGUUCAGUUUGUUAGUUCAGCAAGUCCUUACCAUUAAGCUUUUACCCAUUUAUAAAACCUUUUUCCGUAUCUCUUAAAGCAUUACAGCUGGAAACCACUUAGUUUCUAUCCAACAUCCUUCUAAAAUUCCUUAAUUUUACAAUAUUUCUGUAAAUAGUCUUUAAAUUUCUUCCGGUCUUCUUUCACCGACUCUUCUCCCUGGUCUCGGAUUCUGCCAGUCAUUUCCGCCAAUUCCAUUAUUCUUUAUUUUAUCACGCCCUCCAAGGAGCUGCAUACAUGGCUUUCCCCAUUUUACCCUCGCAGCAACCCUGUGGGGUAGGCUAGGCUCAGAGGCAGUGAUGAAUCCUCGCGCCCAGUGAGCUUUGUGACAGUGUGGGGGAUUUGAACCCGGGCCUCCGCCGUGAAGCGCGCUGGGUGACCGCAGACCCAUCAUGGUGUCUCAGCCUAUCCCGCCUUGUAGGGUUGGGCUGAGGAGAGCGGGCAAAAAGGAGCAGUUCAAGAACGGAUGGGAGCCAGGAGGAGCUCUGGUUGUGGCUCCUGGUAUUGUUUUGGUUUCUUCACCAAGUGGCCAUGGCAGUGUCACCCUGAGGCAUUGUGGGAAAUUUAAAAUGGUGUCACCUAAGGUGUGCUUGAAACCUUUCUUUUUUAAAAAAAUAAUAAUAAAUUAUUUGUUUUUUAACAUGUCAUUUUCAACAAUUAUUAAACAUACUUUUAUAUCUUAUACAAUUUUUUGACUUCCAUCAAUCACAUCUGAAAAUUUUCCAGUCUUUUCACUUAAUAUACAUUUCUUACUUUCACUAUUACAUUUAAAUCUCAUAACUAAUAUCUCUCUUCUUUGCAAUAUUUCAUAUGUUUCUCCUUACAAAACUUCUUGUAGUCCUACUAGCGUAAUUUGUUGAUUACAGUUGCUCUUCAAAUAGUUCGUAUAUUUCUUCCAAUCUUCUGUAAAUCUCUGGUCCCGCAGGUUUCGAAUCCUUCCUGUCAUUUUGUCCAAUUCUGCGUAGUCCAUUAAUUUUGUCUGCCAUUCUUCUUUUGUUGGUGAAACCUUUCUUUUUGAGGGGCAACUAGGGCAGGCCUUAGCAGGCAGCUCUGGCAAAUGACCAAAAGUGUUGUGUGCUGGUGCCAGGGCUGAGGAGCUUUUCUCGGAGAGGCCGGGAGGUUCUGGCCUGCUGUGGUUUCCUUGCCACAGGCGGCCAUGUGCUUUUUGGGUGCAGAUUGGGAGUGCUGAAGCGCUCUUGACUUGAGCAUCCCUUCAUACCCCUCAGUUUGGUCCAUGCCUUGAGUUCGAGUUCUGACACUUUGGGUUCCUUCAGGCAAACAUGAAAUGUAGCAACUUUUCCUUUAGGGAAAGAUGUUUUGUGGUCACUGACAGAGCACCCAGGCACCCAGGGUUUAAUACCUGGCAUCUCCAGGGCUUGGAAUGUCCUCAACGGCUGCUGCCAGUCCGUGUAGACAAUGUUGAGCUGGUAUAAGGCAGCUUCACCUGUUGCUUUUAAAAAUCAGCCCUUUGUUUAGCACCAUGAGGACUAGAAUCUUGCUUUGUUUCAUGCGGAUGGACCAUAGCUCAGGUGCAGAGCAUCUGCCUUGCAUACUGGAAAGGUCCCAGGUUCAAAUCCUGGUGUCUCCAGCUAGAGCCGUGGAAACUCCUACCACAAACCCUGGAGGGCAGCUGCCAGCCAGAGCUAGACGGACCAAAGUUCUGAUUCCUAGGUUCCUGAGGCUGCCUGUGAACGUGUUUUUUUUUUGACAUACCGAAGCCAUUCCCGCCAAACAUGCCCGUUACUUCCUGGUGGCGCAUUGCAAGGGGGUCAUGUGCCCAUGCGUGGGUUUUGGCUGCCACAUUCCCCGACGAUGCAUCACUCCUAGUCGGGGGUCCUUUGUCUUGGGGCUGGGCUCUCGGCCCGUCGCCCUGGGGGCUCCCCGCUGACCCUUUUUGCUUCCACUCACGUGAAUUAAUCGGAGCUGACAUCUGCUUGUUUAGCAGAGCUGGGCAGCUGGAUCGAAGCAGUGGGUGGGGGGCGCCUGCAAAGGCUGUGCCCCCUCACUUUUUUGGGGGGUGCUUUUGGAGAGAGUCCUUUCCUGUACAUCAUCAAACCUUGGGCUUUAUACUAGGAUAAAGAGAAGUCCGUGAGGGAUGGAUUUGUGUGUUAAGAUAGAAACUUCUUCAGGAUUGCUAGGUACAGGUUUCUGUUGUGAAGAGUCUUCUACAGACAAAUGGUUUUGGUCAAGAAUGCGAAAGAAACAGGAUGAUACUGCUGUGAUUGAAAAAAAGGGAGGUAAAAUAAACCACGGGACGUGGGUGGCGCUGGGGGUUAAACCACAGAGCCUAGGACUUGCCGAUCAGAAGGUCGGCGGUUCGAAUCCCCCGACGGGGUGAGCUCCCAUUGCUCGGUCCCUGCUCCUGCCAACCUAUCAAUUCGAAAGCACGUCAAAGUGCAAGUAGAUAAAUACUUCCCAGCGGGAAGUUAAGUGGCGUUUCCAUGCGCUGCCCUGGUUCGCCAGAAGCGGCUUAGUCAUGCUGGCCACAUGACCCGGAAGCUGUAUGCCAGCUCCCUCGGCCAAUAAAAUGAGAUGAGCGCCCCAACCCCAGAGUUGGCCACGACUGGACCUAAUGGUCAGGGGUCCCUUUACCUUUAAAAUAAACCACAGGAUUAAGAGCGUCUAGCUGCAUAAAAUCUGUAAGGCAAGCUCAGAAAGAACUUGCAGCAAUAUACUGUAGUCCAGAAAUCCCUCACAACUCCCCUGAGAGUGAUAGCACCAUUUUGCAGAAUGAGGGUGCCCGCUGCCCCCCUGUGUGACUCCCUGCUCUAGCCCAAGAUCCUUCUGAGGCAGGCAAUGCUUUCUCAGUGCUGAAAUCAGAUGUGUCUGGCUUGUUUAGUCAUGCCCAAUGCUGCUAUAAAGUACUUGCCCUCGGAGGAGGGUGCUGGUUGCCCCUCUGCACGAGUGCCCGCUAUGCUUUUUGGCUGCUUUCACUCAGGCACUGCUAAAGCGAUGGAGUAAUUCUACCACAUUUCAGCGUUGGAUGAGAGGUAAACCUGUUGAAGAAGGUGUGUGUGUGGGGGGGAGAUUACAGGCACCUUCUUUCCACGAGUGGGUGUUUUCUGCCUCAUGGGAGCUGUGAAUUAUAUUUAAUUAACUUUGGGAAAAUCCCAGCAUUUUCCCUCAGGGACUUUUCGAACGUGUAAACCACAGCAAACCUGUGAAAUGCUUUCUUUUUCGGAACGGGCAAAAUGCUUUUUUUGCAAUGCUCAGAGUGCGCCGUCUGAAGACAUUUAUGUAAGGCAGGAGUGGAGGGAACAGUGUUGAACUACAACGCCCAUCAUCCUUGACCAUUGGGCCUCCAAUCCAAGAGGCUCCUCUGUGCCUAGAGCAGGGGUGGGGAGCCUGUGGCCCCCCCCCCCGGUUGUUGUUGCACUCCGACUCCUAUCAGCCCCAGCCAGCAUGGCCAACAGUGGGGGAUGAUGGGAGUUGUAGUCCAGCAACGCCAGGAGAGAGACAGAUUCCCAUGCCUGCUGCAGACCUAAGGCAACACUGCUGUUGUCUUCCGACUCCCAUCAGUCCCACAGCCAGAAUGGCCCAGUGGUCAGGGGCAGUGGGAGUUGUAGUUCAGGUUGCUGGCCUUUGAUGUGGGAACUUGAGGAGUCAUCGGCCACACCUUAAAUAAGGGCCUGGGAGCAAACUGGAUGCCAACGCGGAUUAGGAAAGGCUUGGCAUUCGUGUUCUCAGCAUCCGGUCUUAGCUGAAAGGAGAGUCGUGGUGUUCUCCAACUGAUGGAAUUUCUGACGUGUCUCCAAAGAACUCUCUGAUAAUCUUCUCCGUCUUCUGCAGCUCCCCUGGCUUCUGUUCACUGCAUGCUUUUGGCCUAUUUUGCCCAUGAGAACUAGAAACGUAAUUGCUGUUGGGUGGUGCUUUGUUUUUAAAGAAAGCUGAUUCUUAGGGAUCUUCCUUUUGCACCCAAUACUACACUGGGUCACUUAAUCAAAAGCAACCUUUUACCUUUUCUGUUGUCAUUGCUGUUUUUUAGAUGCCAGGCUCGUUUUAAUCCGGGUUCUUCUCCUUCCAGAAAGUGCCCCAUCUAGGAAGGGGCACAGAAAAAAUACAUAUUCUUUUUUUUAAAAUAAUAUUUAUUACUUUUCCAACAAUUUAAACACUACAAAAAAAGAAAUAAACAAUACAAUACAAAAACAAUACCUAACACUAACACAGUAAACUAACAAAACAAAACAAAAACAGUUUAAAACACAUCAAACAGUUUCAAUAUCUUAUCUUUCAUUCGCUUAUUUCAAUGACCUCCUCACACCUCCCUUUUUGUAUUCCACUUCUAUUAAUUGUUUCAGCAAUUCCUUUCCAUCUUCCUCUGCUUUCUAUCCUUUAAUUAUCUUAACACAUUCUAACCUUAUUUUUCCCUUUAAUACUCUAUCAGUCUAUUUAUACUUAAUUCCUUAUAACAUUUCUACUAAAGCCAUAUAACUUCAUUCCAACGUUUUCCUAACAUUCAUUAAUUUUACAGUAUUUCUGUAAAUAGUCUUUAAACUUUUUCCAGUCUUCUUCCACCGACUCUUCUCCCUGGUUUCGGAUUCUGCCAGUCAUUUCCGCCAAUUCCAUAUAGUCCAUCAACUUCAUCUGCCAUUCUUCCCGGUGGGUAAAUCUUGUGUCUUCCAAUACUUCGCGAUGAGUAUUCUUGCUGCUGUUGUUGCAUACAUAAAAAAAAAUUCUAUCCUUCUUUGACACCAAUUGGCCAACCAUGCCCAGGAGAAAGGCCUCUGGUUUCUUCAGAAAGGUAUAUUUGAGUACCUUUUUCAUUUCAUUAUAGAUCAUCUCCCAGAAUGUCUUAAUCUUUGGGCAUGUCCACCAAAAGUGAAAGAAUGUACCUUCAGUCUCAUUACAUUUCCAACAUUUAUUGUCGGGCAAAUGAUAAUUUUUUGCAAGCUUGACUGGUGUCAUGUACCACCUAUAAAUCAUUUUCAUUAAAUUUUCUCUUAGGGCAUUACAUGCCGUAAAUUUCAUACCUGUGGUCCAUAACUGUUCCCAGUCAGCCAUCAUUAUGUUAUGUCCAACAUCUUGUGCCCAUUUAAUCAUAACUGAUAUGCCGAAAAAAUACAUAUUCUCUCCAUCUUGCCCUUAAGACUCUACCCAGGCCACAUCUCUCAUUGACUUUGUUUUGGCCACUCUUUAGUGCUUUUGCCUGGCUGGAAUGUGUCCUCGAACCCUGGUCAUGCCUCUUCCUUGCCAGGAUGUAGGAAACAGAGGGGCAUGGGCAAGUCUGUUCGUAGCAACUCACCAGCCUACUGCCCAAAGGUAACAUUUACCACUGUUGCUCCUUCGGCUUUUGAGCAUGGUCCCGCCCAACCCUGCCACACUGCCCCCAGAAAGUUGCCCUGCAAGGAAUGUGGCCCUCUGGCUCAAAACUCCUCCCUAUCCCCUGAUCGCUUUGGCCGCUGACUGAUUUGCUUCUCCCCAUUCGCAGAUUCCUCGAAGAAGACUAUGCCGUCCAGGUCUCCAUCAACGAUUACCUGGAUAUCUACUGCCCACACUACGAGCAGCCUCUGGCAGCGGGGAGCCCAGAAUCCUUCACUUUGCUCAUGGUGGACAUUGAGGGCUACCGGGGCUGCUACGAGACGCCGGGAGCCUUCAAACGCUGGGAAUGCAACCGGCCCUACGCUCCUUACGGGCCGGUCCGCUUUUCGGAGAAAAUCCAGAGGUUCACCCCUUUCUCGCUGGGCUUUGAGUUUCAGUUGGGCCAUGACUACUACUAUAUCUGUGAGUUGGGCCUUUGGCAGGCAUGGAUGGGAUGGUUCCGAGUCGACUUGAGGGCCAAAUUGUACAAGGUUUUCUCUGAGAGAGAGUUAUGAAUGGGAUUUAGUGCUGCACCAAACUUUUUUUUAAAAAAUAAUUUUUUAUUUGAUUUUCAAUAAUCUAUAUAAAAACCCAUUCCAAAUCCGAAUGUCAAAAUUACUCUGAAUCUCCUGACUCCCCCCCACCCAAAUCCCUUCCAUGGGCCCUAUUGAUCCUAUUUUCAACUUCAUAUCACAUUUUUUAAUCUUUCUAAAUUAUCCAUACAUACUGUUACAUUACAACUGUGUUUAAAAAAGAUCUUGUCUUCUUGGUCCCUGAGCUUCCCAGUUACUUUUGCCAUUUCGGCAAAGUUUUAAUUUACAAGUUUUGAGAUGGGGUUUAAGCAGCACUUUCUCUGUUACAUUUCUGUGUGUGUGUAAAUUUUUUUGGGGGGGGGGUUAAAAAUGUAUUUAUUUGUAUUCAAAUUUAUUUCUUGAUUUAAUAAAUUUAUCUCACGCUGUUGAUCCAAAGGCCACAUAGAGGGUUUAGGAUAUGGUGUGUUUAUCUGUUGCAUUUAUAUCCCACCUUUUUCUCCAGGGAGCUCAAGGUGGCAGCAGUAUUCAGAAAUAAUAGCCCUGUUUGGACAGUGGCUAAGCUUUGGGUGCUCCUCUGAACCCUUUCUGGUAAUCUGUGAACUUAACCUCACCCAUUCAUUGUUAUGGCAUCUGUGACUGAGCCCUAACCCUGCCCUUGACCGCCUAUGUGGUGUAGUGGUUAGAGGGCCAGACUGGGGCCUGGGAGACCCUGGGUUCAAACCUCCACUUGGUCACAAACUCAUUGAGUGGCUCUGAGGCCAUUUCUCUCUCUGCCCCACUGGGUCGUUGCAAGGAUUAAAUGGAGGAGGGGGCAGCGACACCUUGUUCCCUUCCUUGAGCUCCUUGGAAGAACAUAACGAGAGCUGGAUCAGGCCAAUGGCCCAUCUAGGCCAGCAUCCUGUCCAACCAGAUGCCUCUGGGGAACCUGCAAGCAGGAUUCGAACACAGAAGCCCUCUCCCGUCUUGUGGUUUCCAGCAAAUGGUAUUCAGAAGCCUCCAACUGCAGAGGCAGAGCUCAGCCACCGCAGCCAGUAACCAUUGACAGCUUUCUCCUCCGUGAAUUUGUCCAGUUCUCUUGUAAAACUAUCCAAAUUGGUGGCCAUCAUUGCCUUCUGUGGGGGCUACUUCCGUCGUUUAACCAUGUGCUUCCCCCAGAGGAUUAUGGGGGCUGUAGUUUGGUGCUGGGAGGUUUGACUUUCUUGCAUUCUAACCUCCCUCUCUCUUAUCUCUGGGUCCUUUCCCUCCCCAUAGCUAUCCCCACUGCAGAGAGUCCCGGACGCUGCUUGAAACUGCGGGUUUCAGUUUGCUGCAAGACAACCAGUGAGUCCGUCUAUUGUCUGUCCGUCUUGUUCAGGCAGGGAUGGGGGGAAUAAUAGGCAUCAGCAGGGACCCCCCCCCCCGGUACAGAGAACCAAGUAAAUAAUCCACUCAGAGAAAUAAACUGACCUAUGCACACCUGAAUUGUUCAGCAAUCGCUUCUCCGAUAAGGACCAGGAGAAAAUUCUGAAAAGCCAACCUGGAGAUCAGGGAUAGGAAAACCUCAAGCCAAAUGUGGCCCUCGAGACCUCACUCUCUGGCCCCUAAGACUCUCCCUAAGCCACACCCCUUCACUGGCCCAACCCUCCCUGAAUGUUUUUGCCUGGCUGGAAUAUGCCCUUGAUCUCUGUGUGUAGAAACUAGUCUAGUGUACCAAGGUAAAAAUUUGCAUUUAUUGCCCCCGCCUCCUUUUCCCUGUGGCCCUGCCCACUACUGGUGUGCGGCCCCCGGAAGCUUGUCCAGAAUGGAAUGUGGCCCUCCAUCUCUGCAAGUUUCCCUGCCCCUGAUUUAGAUAAUGGGUGUUCCACUUUAGCUAGAUCUGCUUUCCUUAAAUGUGUAUAUAUUGAGGGGGAAACUCGUCAAGGACCGGGAGAGGACGUUUGGUCCUGUCUGCGCCUUCUGAACUGACCCGUUCGUUUUUAUUCUAGCCGUAGAGCCUGUGACGGAGGGUCCCAAAUCUCAACCACGUGGGAGAGGCAGCUCCGAGGGUGAGUGGGGCUCGGGCAAGGGGGUAGCAGCAAGGCAGUUGGUUGCAUUUAAAGCGCAUGAUUUUAAAGAGGCAUCCUCAGUGUGCCUUGUGCUUUACUGAGGAAUAUGACAAACAGAGGAAAGUUCUCUUCUCCAAAGAGCUUACAAUCACACAUUUCUCUGUCCAUGACAAAGACAGAGGAGGUGAUGGGAAGGCAGCUGAAAUGUACACUGACUGAGUAGAUCUAGCUGAUGUGUUCUUAGGCUUCAAUCCAGUCAGCGAUGACAGCGAAAAGGUUGCCAACUGACCCUUAAAAACCAGCCUAACCGCUCUUGUGCCUUGAGCAAAAUGGGGGGAGCUCCAACUGGCCAGCGAAGCUUUUAUUUAUUAUUGUUAUUCUUUUCAUUUAUAUCUCACCUUUCCCCCCAAGGAGCUCAAGGUGGCAUAUUUAUGAAUCUUCCCCUUCCCCAUUUUAUCCUCACAACAGCCCUGUGAGGUAGGUUAGGCUGAGAGGCAAGCAUGGUUGGUUGGGGAUUUGAACCCUGGCCUCCGAGGUCCUAGGCAAACACUCUUGACUUUUACACCACACCGGGAACACAGAGCGGGAGCUUAUCUCCCCUCAGGCUAAAAGUGUGUGCAGCGUGGCUCAAGCUGGUGUUAAUAGGUGUUGUUAAAACUUACAGGAAAGUUGGCAACCCACUCAGGUGUUUUGCCAAAGAGUUCACACACGCGGAAGACAGUCUUGAGGAAGGAGGGUGGUGGGAAAGACGGAGAGAGAGAGAGAGAGAAGAUAAGCACCAAUUAUUGGUAUUCCAAGAUUUGGCAAAUCACCUUUUUGGGAAAUAAAAUAUUGCACAAGCUGGAGGUUUUCAGGGGCCAAAAAGGCUUGAGGUGGCCUCCUUGGCAUUUGAUCCAAUUUUAUUUUAUAUACAAUCACCAAGGCUCCAGGUAACCUCAGGUCUAUGCGAUUGUCUCGAUCUACCGCUGUCUGAAGUUAUUCUUUAUCUCCCUUUUUGAAAUAAAAACAUGUACCUGUUUUGAUUCAGACCACGGAGCCUUUUGCAAUUAUAGGCCGCACACCCUUUUCCUCUUGGCAUGUCUUAUUAUUGACGCAGUAAAUCACACUGCUGUAUGCUAUGCUUUUUUAUUGGCAAUUGUGACAAUGUACCUUUUUUUAAACAACUAAUGUUUCUUCAUUUCUUGAAACCUGUUUGUUAUUAGAGUUCAUUUUAAGAAAACUGGGGGAGAAAGGAAAAGGAAAUUAGAACUAGGCGGGACUUUGAGGAUGGAAUUGCAGAGAUAAGGGGUAGCGAGGGACUCUCAUCAUCCCUGAGCAUCAGGCAAUUGCAGCUGGGGAUGGUGGGAGUUGGCAUCUGAAAACAUCUGGGGGUUCAUGGGCAUCUGGGGGUUCAUGAGUUCCCGCUUUAUACCUUUGUAAGUGCAUUUAAUAUGGUCCCUGAUUGGUUGGGCCGUUGGUUGGGCCGAAGGUUCUCCACAUCUCUGCCUAUUUGGUACCUACUGGUACCUCCCAUCAUCCAGCCAAGGGCCUUCUGGCAGUUCCCUCACUGUGAAAAGUGAAGCCACAGGAAACCAGGCAGAGGGCCUUCUCGGUGGUGGCGCCCACCCUGUGGAAUGCUCUCCCAUCAGAUGUCAAGGAAAUAAACAACUACAGUCAUACCUUGGGUUAAAUUUGCUUCAAGUUGAGCGCGUUCGAGUUGCGCUCCGCGGCAACCCGGAAGUAGCAGAGCGCGUUACUUCCGGGUUUCGCCACUUGCGCAUGCGCAGAAGCUCAAAAUGACGUCAUGCGCAGAAGCAGUGAAAAGCGACGCGCGUGUGUGUGCGUGCAGACGUGCCAUCGCUAGAUACGUUUACCUCUAGAUGCGAACGGGGCUCCGGAACAGAUCCCGUUCGUAUCUAGAGGUACCACUGUGCAGUGGAACCUCGGUUGUCGAACGCUUUGGAAGCCGAACGAUUCAGAACCCAAACGCCAACAACCCAGAAGUGAAUGCUUCCAUUUUCGUACGCACCUCGGAAGUCAAACGGCUUCCGAGGCAUGUUUCUCCAUUUUUUAAAAAGGAAUUUGCCAACUGGCAAUUGCACCUCGGUUGUCAAACGUUUUGGAAGUCGAAUGGUCUUCCGGAACGGAUUACGUUUGACAACUGAGGUUGCACUGUACACUGGAUGCUCGGGUUGCAAACGUGAUCCGUGCGGCUUGCACGUUCGCAACCCGCAUCUGCGCACGCGUGGGUUGUGAUUCGGUGCUUCUGCGCAAAGCACGAUUUAGCGCUUCUGCGCAUUCGCAACCGCUGAAACCCGGAAGUAACCUGUUCCGGUACUUCUGGGUUUCGGUGAUCCGUAACCCGAAAAAAACACAACCUGAAGCAGCUGUAACCCAAGGUAUGACUGUAUCUGACUUUUAGAAGACGUUUAAAGGCAACUCUGUAUAGGGAAGUUUUUAAUGUUUGAUGUUUUAUUUUGUUCUUAAUAUUUUGCUGGGAGCUGCCAAGAGUGGUUGAGGCAACCCUGUCAAAUGGUCAUAACACACAACAACAACAACAACAACUCCCCAUUUUUUUCUCUGUUCUCCCUGCACAGAUGCCGCUGUAGCCCCCGGACAUAGCUCUGCCCCUUCCUGGUCCAGCGGGGCCUGCUUGGGGCUGGCUCUCUUACCCUUCCUGUGGCUCUGACCCCACCCCCACCCCCAGGGCCGGGGACUCUUAAGAGGCUCCAGGCCGGGGUGAGGAGCGAGGGCGGCGCUUGGUCAUCCUCGUCCCCCACUCGCAAGGAUGCUGGAUUCCUCACUUGGCACUUUAGAACUCAGAGGCAAUGUACUGGUGGGCCUCCUUCACAGCCGGACCCCUUGCUCCCCAGAGACGAGCUGAACUCCCAGAUGCUGCGUCAACCCAGCCAAAAGGGGCCAGGACACCCCCAUAAGUCUCAGUAGGCCCACCCCCUUCUCCGUUUGGAUCCGCUGAGGCAAGAGGAAGACCUUUGGCCUGGAGGUAAGGCUUGGAGCAGGCAAGGUGGUGGUGGGCCAAGGGGGAAACCUUUUGGCUAGACUACUACAAUGCUCUCUGUGUGGGGCUGCCCUUGAUGUUGGUCCAGAAGCUGCAACUGGUGCGAUAUGCGGCGGCUCAGCUGCUCGCUGGGGAAGGAUAUCGGCAACACAUUACCCCACUGUUGAAAGAACUACCCUGGCUGCCAAUUGGUGAUGAGGCUAAAUUCAAUGUGCUGGUUCUGGUGCAGAAAGUCCUCUAUAGCAUGGGACCAGGAUGCCUGGAAGAUCGUCUUGCCCCUUAUAUAACCAAUGGAUCACUGUGCUUUCCAGGUGAAGGCCACCUGUAGUUAUCAUCUUAUUAGCAGGUCUUUUCCCAACUCUCUGGAAUUCUCUCCCAGUGAAUAUUAGGCAGGUGCCAGGCACUGUUUUCUUAUCGGCACCUUCUGAAGACCUUCCUGUUACAAAUAUAAAGAUCCUAGCCUGCAUCUGUAUUGGGAUUGUUUACAAUAUUUUUGUUUUGUUUUGUUUUAUCCCUUGCUGCUUACCGCCCUGGGCUCCUUUGGGAGGAAGGGUAGGAGAGAAAUCAUAUAAAGAAAUAAGAGUUUAAAUAAAGCCAUAACAGUAGGACCAUGAAGGAUAUUGACUCUGGCCCCCUCAUUAAUGCAGGAUCUACAAUGCAGGCUACAGCUACAGCAAGGAUGGGAGAUCCUGCAGCCUUCCCAGAGGAUGUUGGACUCUGGCUCCCAGCAGUUCCAGCAUAGCCAAUCGGCAGGGAUGUUGGGAGCCCAGCAACCUCAGGGUAGACCAAAGGUUCCCCCACACUUGAGUUGGAACCAUGAGGACUGGAAUCUUACUUUUUUUCUGGAGGAAUUGAGGUAGCUCAGUGCAUUUGCUUUGCAGGGUUUCUGGGUAGAGACGCCUGCCUGAAACCCUGGAGGGUUGCUGCCAGUCAGAGCAGACAGUAUUGAGCUGGGCAGUCCACCAUCCUUGACCAAUGGCCAUGCUGGCUAGGGCUGAUGGGAGUUGGAGUCCAGCAAUCUCUGGGAGGGCCACAGGUUGCCCGUCCUUGAUAUACAGUGGACUCUCGGGUUGCGAACAUGAUCUUUGCGGGAAGCACGUUCGCAACCCGCAGCGCUGCGCAUGCAUGGGUUGCGAUUGGCGCUUAUGCGCAAAGCACGAUUUAGCACUUCUGCACAUGUGCAAGCGCCGAAACCUGGAAGUAACCUGUUCCGGUACUUCUGGGUUCGGCACGGUGCGCAACCCAAAAUCGCACAACCUGAAGCGUCUGUAACCCGAGGUAUGACUGUACAGAGUGCCUUAAGAGGUGAAUGAAAAGAGUAGGAUUUUAGAGUUUGGAGAGGUCUGGAGAGGCCAUGUCUCCUGACCUCAUGCUUGGCGCAGGGAUCUCACAAUGUUCAGCAUCCUUGAUGGCCGUCCACCCACCCUCUGCUUAAAUAAAUCCAGGGAAGGCGAGUGUGCUGGUCUCGGGGGCUAACCGAGAGGCAAGGUCCAAGUCCAGUCCGAGGUCAGGGGUCCGGUAUGGAGGCUGUCCGUCAAAGGCGAGGCGGGGUCCAAGGCAGGGAGUCGGGUGAGGUCAGGAACUCUGGCAGAAGAGCAGGACAGGGUGCAGGCAGGAACAGGUUACCAACAAUGUUGUUCCCGCAACCUGGGACUGGGGCUGACUGGCUUUUAUCUGCCCCGAGGCAUAGGGCGGCCGCAGUCCACAGGUGACUCGCCUCUCCUGGCCUGGAGGCGAGCACUCCUCCUGCGGGAACUUACCAUAUUUUUCGCCCUAUAGGGUGCACCGGCCCAUAGGGCGCACCUAGCUUUUGGGGGGGGGGAAUAAAGAAAAAAAAAAUUAUUUCCCCCCCCCCCCAAGCGCGGGGCUGGGGCGGUUGAAGCCCGAGCUUCCCCCGACCCCAGCUCCCAGAACAGGCUGCUAUCCGCAAGCCUUGGGAGCCCGGCGGGAAGUCGCGCCGGGCUCCCAAGGCUUGCGGAGAGCUGCCCGAAGCCUGGAGAGCGAGAGGGGUCGGUGCGCACUGACCCAUCUCGCUCUUCAGGCUUCAGCGAAAGCCUGCAUUCGCUCCAUAAUACGCACACACAUUUCCCCUUACUUUUUAGGUGGGAAAAAGUGAGUCUUAUAUAGCAAAAAAUACGGUAGUUCCCUCCGCCUCUCUGCCCUGAGCCUCUGCAGCUCAGGAGAGGCUGGAGGGUUACUGGACCCAGAGGCAACCUCCUCUUCCCCUGACGGGGCUGAGAAUGGAGCACCAGAGCAGACUCAGCUGGUGCCUGCACCUGAGGAUCCAUCACAGGUGAGGACCCUUCAGGCUCAGGCCCCAGCCCCGGCUCAGCAGGUUCUGGAGCGGGGGACUCCUGUGCAGUCUGGGAUUCCUCAGGUUCAGCCUCUGAGACCGAAUCCCAGGCCAUCACAGCGAGCUCGCCGCCUCUGGAGUUGGCCUGCUCGACUGUCCUACAUCUCUUACACGUUAGGACAUUUAACUUGUUUAGAUACAGCUUAAUUGCAUCUGCUUUCUGGUGGCGCACAGGUAACUCAACAACACGAUAAACAUUUAUCCAAAAGGCAGCUUAAAACUGUAAGAUCAGAAUUCGGUUAAAAUGCUUGCUGGGAUUUGUUUUGUUUUUUGAAAUUAAAGAGGCUCCAGGAAGGUCAACAGGGGAAGGAGGCCUGUUUGAUCUCGGCUGGGAGGGAGUUCUAUAGAACUAGCGUCCAUGAUACAGAACGCUCAACUGCCGAUGGAUGCAAACUGUGCAUAUGAGCCAUGGAGGCCUACUAACAGAGGCUCCUCCAAGACCAGGGCUGGCAUAUAAGGAUUUUGGGGGAAUGGCUUCAUGGGUCGAUUCUCCUCCCCUACCCUGGGGGCUUUUCCCUCCCUAAAUAUUUUUUGGGUAUACAGUGGUACCUCAGGUUACAUACACUUCAGGUUACAGACUCUGCUAAGCCAGAAAUAAUGCUUCAGGUUAAGUACUUUGCUUCAGGAUGAAAACAGAAAUCGUGCUCUGGCGGCGCGGCAGCAGCAGGAGGCCCCAUUAGCUAAAGUGGUGCUUCAGGUUAAGAACAGUUUCAGGUUAAGUAUGGACCUCCGGAAGGAAUUAAGUACUUAACCUGAGGUACCACUGUACCUGCAAGGACUGAGGUUCCACCCCAUGCCUCUUGGCAGUCUCUCCCUCUUCUUGUUCGAUGGUGCUGUUUUGACUGAGUGUAGGGACCAGCGCUAACCUCUGAACUUUGGAAAUAGCCAGUGGGUAGGUGGGGUGGGGUGGGGAGAUAAAGCGAGAUUAAAACAAGUGGACAACAAACAGCCGCAGAACUGCUGAGCUACUGGCAACAGGACAUUAGGAGGGAAGGGACAAGGCAGAAAAUUACAGAACAAAUCACAUAAUCUGCGGAGGCGGUUCAAAAUCAAAUAACAGAACCAUGAAAAUGUCAAAAGCCAAUAUGAAAGACCGGGAGGAGGCGUGACCAUUCGUGUCAGCAAAGGGCACUAAAAACAUGGGUAGUGUCUGUGUAUCGGCCGCAGCUCAGGGACAGAGCAGCUGCUUUGAAUGCUGAAGGUCCCUUUGAAUUGGCCCCUGCCCAGAAACCUGGAGAGCCGCUGCCAGUCAGUGUAGACAGUAUGGAGCCAGAUAGACUCUUGGUGUAAGGAAGCAAUCAUAUUUUUGUCAACCUGCUGGUGACAAUCAGAUAAAUUGAAUUUGAGGGGGCAAAUCUCUGGUUGUGUGCUAAUGUGGGGAGCUAAACAGAGCACCCAUGUUCAGAAGCAGUCUAUCUUCCAGGCAACAGAAGGAAUGGUCUGACCCAGCCAGACCCUUCUUAAUGUCUGUACAUUCCUCAGUGGGGAGAGGAAGGAACUCUGCACAUGCUUCAAGGCAGCCUUUGCAUUAAUGGUCAUGUCAUGUGUUCUGGGAGGGGGGGGUCGGUCUGAAGCCAGGUUGUGGGGAAAGGCCUUGGUAGUUGAGCCCCCCUGGUCUGCCUCUUAACAGGAUCUCUCUUGUUCUCUUCCGUACAGGAGUUGAUUCUCCGUGGUGACAUUCCUGUCGGAGGUCAGGUUGACCGUUUCUGGUGACCGCGAUGGUGUCGGAACGGGGAUUUUCCAGCUCGCCAAAAGGACUCAGAUUUGGUUUUUGGGGGAAGUGGCAUGGAAUUGGGGGGGAGGGAGAGAGACUGAAAUAUCUCUUCCGCAGCGCAGCAAAGGACUCACAAUAUUUGUGUCCAGGACUGUUGAUAUGCCAAAGAUGGGGAGAGACACUUUGCAGUCCGUGACACUCAAAGCCAAGCUGCUUUAAAAGAAGGGGAGCAGCGACUUCUCCCCACACCUUGCCCCUGUUUUAUGUCUCUGUCGAGCUCGGCUUCUCUCUCUCCCCUGCCCGGAAGCAAAAAACUGGACUGUGUCAGCCCCCCCCGCCCCCCCACCUUGUGUUCUCGGCGAGAACGACGAUGUUGACGCCUGCGCUUUUGUCUUCUAUGAAGACGCUUCCUCGGCGUCACCCAUUCCUGGUUUACGACUUCUUCGUUUUAAAUAUGUUGGGGUCCAUCCCCCCCCCACCAUUAAUUGUCAGUGACUGAGCCAAACGAUAAAAUUGUUUCGGAAACUCGG